AUGGCAACGUAUUUUAAAACGCCCUUCACGAUCGGUGAACCAACGCAUUACGUUGAAUUGAAAGUACCAAAAUUGGACAAUGCAUCAUCGAACAACAUCAUUUGUUGUGUUGAUGUGUCAGGUUCAAUGAGUGGCGCUCCUAUUCGAAAUGUUUGCGAGGUUUUACGUGAUAUUUACAGACGUACACAAAUUGAAUACCCAUUAUUUACCUACAAUACCACGGCUAAUACGACACAAACGAUAAAAUCGGUCGAAAACCGAGAUUUAGUUGCUAACGGUGGUACAAGUUUCAGUUCUGUCUUUACUGCUAUACAGAAUCAUUUGGUAAACAAUCAAAAAUCCACAACAUUCAUAUUCAUGACCGAUGGUCAAGAUACUGACUCUAAAGAAGCUUUAAAACGAGCGAUUCAAAUGUUGAAAUUUUCCAUCAGUGGACUAUCAAAAGCAGUGACAGUCGUCUUUCAUGUAAUUGGCUUUGGCGAUGUGAAUAAUGACUUUUUGAAUGAAGUUCGGCAAUUCGGUAAUAAAGAAGGUCUAUUUCGUUAUUCCACUGCAUCAGCUGAAUUACAGAACAACUUCAAUGACAUGUUUGAGUAUGCCAUGUCAGCAAAAGAAUACACUAUUGUGAUCAAUGGCAAAUCUUACACAGCAAAUAGCAAUGACGAAACAGUCGGAUUUCUGAUCGAAAAUCUAAAUAUGGAUACUGCGGCAACAACAACAACAGAAAUUACAUUGAAAUCGUCGGAUAGCGAAUCAAAAAUUCCAUUAGUAUUAGUGGAAAAUCCUCGUCCGAUCCAAGUCGUUCGAGCAUUGAAUUUAGUUUCACCAGACAAUGCAGAAACUGUACAUCAGAUUCGCACGUUUCUAAACUCGAUCGUUCCAACUGGUAGUCGAGACCUCAUGGAAAAACUCGAACUAGAGCAAAUCAAGAAAGAAAUCGACGAGCGAAUGAUGGAAUAUACAAAUUUAUUCACCCAAAUCAAAAUGGGACAAGUACCUGAACAAGUCAAAUUGAAAUUAAGCGCAUUGCGGCACGAUGCCACAUUCGCUAAUGCUCAACGUCGAAAGAAAUUAGAUUUACGUAUCAAUAAGAACGUAGAUUACUUUCGUAAAACAGAUAUCAGUGGAAUUUUAGAAGGUUAUAAGAAAAGUAUUGAUCAACAAGGCUGGAAUGAUAUUAAAGAACAGAAAGCCGAUUGGGUUUGCUCGUACUCAAAAGAUGAUAUAUAUGAAAUGAUGCGCAAAUCACCAGAUAACAUCAUGUGUUUAGGUAUUCUCAUUGAACAGAAUGAAGAAGCAAUUACAUCUCCGACAAAAGGAUUGAAAUUACUCGAUGUUUCGAAUACAAUCAUUUCAUACGAUGCAUUUAUUGCAGCAAUGACUUAUGCAAAAAAUUCUGCGCAACAACAACAACAACAACAAACUAAUGAAACCAAUGGUAUCUGUCAUAUUGUUGGACAAUCACAUGAGAAAAUCAAUGCAGUCAUUCCGCUUUACAUCAACUAUGAGCACAUGAAACGAAUUCGAAUCUUAGAAGGUAUUUGGUUAGGAUACCUGUACACCUUAGAUUCCUAUGGUUAUGAUAGAGAGCAAGAAAUCGGUCUGUUGAAGUUACUUCAUGAUAUCAUUAUGGUUCGUGAAGAAACUACGCGAAGUCAACAGAUCAUUAAAGAAUUGGAAAAGGUUUGUCAUUUUAUCAUCACAGAAUCGAUUGGUUUCAAAUCGGCAUAUGGAGAGAAAACUUACGACAACUAUCUUCAAAGUAUUCACGGUCGACAGAUAAGUACGUAUGACUUGAGUAUUCCAUUAAUGAUCGGUUAUUUGAAAAACGACUUGAAAAAUGUUCUCAUGCCUGUUUACUACGAAUAUAUUCGUCAAUGUCUGCGAAAGAAACCACCAACGGAUAGAAAUGCCAUCAUCGAUCGUUUAUUGUACGGUGAUGAGAGUCGCCGCGAGAAGCGAGUAGCUAAUAAUGCAGAUACCACAUUCGUCAACAUCAAUGAACAAGAUCCUGAUUAUGUCGAAGAAAGUUUCAUCAAAUACUUUCACGAUGAAAUGUGCAAACCGUUGGAAUUGAUUCCCGAAACAAACAGUGGUGAAGAUCGAAAACUGAUCAGUCCAGAUGCGGAAAACGAUUUCAUAAAAAACUUCCUACAAACGCAUCAUCUCGAUGUACCAGCAGUGAUUAAAAACAUGUUGAAAUACGCUCAAAUGGAUGAGAAUUAUGUUGAAAACAAUCUUGAUUACGAUGAGUUACGAAAAGAAUUAUUGAUGAUUCUACAUUUCGAUGCUAUUGUUCCAAACAAUGUCACUAAAUCGAACGUCCUGACAUUCGUCGAUGAGAAACUCCAGGGUAAUCGGGAUAAUUCUGUCAUGUUCAACUUCACUUCAGAAACAAUUCGUAUCGUCACCUAUAAACUGUUAACAGCGAAAACAUUGGAAGGUUUCGGUGGUUUAUUGAGAAAGUAUUGUCCAAAACGAUGUGGACCUGUUUUUACCGAAUUAGUCAAAGGUUUAUUAACCGUUCCACCGACUGUUCAAAAUGCCACAUUAAACAAAGAGAAAUUAGUCUCUUUGCUAACGAACAAAGUCGGAUAUUCGAAUUUAUACACCAAUGCAAUCUCGCGAUUCUGUUGGCAACCGUUAGCUGAUGUGAAUAUCGAUACAUUAGCUGAAAUUGUCGGUAAAACGGAAUUGCGCGCAAUUGAAAAAGGAAACCUGGGAAGCGAUGUGCUGCAUUGUUACCGAGUAUCGAACAUAUUAAAUCACCAUGGCUAUGGUAACUACAAUCCGAAUAUGAAUAAUAUAUAUAAAUUCAGUGGUUAUAAUGAUCGACAUUGA